GAGUGACACGCCAUUCAAUUUUUGCCUGGCCCUUUGCUCGUAUGAACCAGGGGAGCUUUGAGGAUUCUCGCACAGAAGGAUAAUAAUAAUAAUAAUAUCUGAUAGAAACAGACUACAUCUACGCCGCGUGAAGCAAAAGUUGGGUCGAAUCGUGUCGACAUGGGGAUCCGAAAAAAGACCACCAAGAGUCCGCCAAUGCUGAGCCAUGAGUUUGUCAUCCAGAACCAUGCAGAUAUUGUUUCCUGUGUUGCUAUGGUGUUCCUUCUCGGGCUGAUGUUUGAGGUAACCUCAAAGUUUGCAGUGUUAUUCAUAACAGUCCAGUACAAUGUCACCAUAUCAACAAAUGGCCCAGAGGAGACGGCCGUGAACCACUUCCACCAUGGCAUCAAGGACUUGGCCACUAUCUUCUUCUACAUGCUGGUGGCCAUCAUCAUGCAUGCCAUUAUCCAGGAGUACGUGCUGGAUAAAAUCAACAGGAAGAAGCACUUCUCCAAAACUAAGCACAGCAAGUUCAACGAGUCGGGGCAGCUCAGCGCCUUCUACUUAUUCUCCUUCGGGUGGGGCGCAAGCAUCCUGCUUUCUGAAAACUUCCUGUCUAAUCCGGUCACCCUGUGGGAGGGUUAUCCCCACACACUGAUGCCAUUCCAGAUGAAAUUCUACUUCAUUUGUCAGCUGGGCUACUGGUUACACGCUCUGCCAGAACUCUAUUUCCAAAAGACAAAGAAGGAGGAUAUUCCCCGCCAGCUUGUGUACAUCUUCCUGUACCUGGUCCACAUUGCAGGCGCUUACAUUCUGAAUCUGAACCGCCUGGGUCUGGUCCUGCUAGUGUUGCACUACUUUGUCGAGCUCCUGUUCCAUGUUUCCCGCCUGAUCUACUUCAGCAACGAGAACAGACAAACGGGUUUCACCAUAUGGGCCGUCUUGUUUGUCCUUGGACGGCUCCUCACCCUGUCCUUGUCUGUCCUCACCGUGGGCUUUGGCCUCGCCAACGCGGAGAGUCAAGGCUUUGAUUUGGCUGCAGGAAACUUUAAUGUUCUUUUCGUUCGGAUAACUGUCCUGGCCGCUAUCUGCCUCACUCAGGCCUUCAUCAUGUGGAAAUUUAUCAACUUUCAGCUGCGCCGGUGGAGAGAGCAUGCCCAGGCUCAGACCUUGAAAAAGAAACAAGUUCCUUCCAAGAGCAAAUCAAAGAAAGACAAAGCCAAUGGAGUAAAUGGAGUGAACUCCCACGGCGCUGAUUCACCAAGAGCAAGAAAAGAGAAGUCCUCAUAAAUACAUUUCCCUCAGCCCCCACUAUCACCCCCUUUUCAAAGAACCAUCUCCAACCAACCAACAUUUCCUCCAGCUCCUCGACCAUGAUAUGCAUUUUCAGCUCCCACACAGGACUGACCUCCCAGCUGGACUUCAUGGGCCAGAAUGCAUUUAGCUUUACUUGUCGCCAGUCGUCCAGCGCGCCUUGAUCUGAGAAUCAUUGCCCUGCUGUGCCAUUCCGAAUGAAAACAAAAACCAAUUCAGAAAUAAACUAUGAAAAAAAGAGCUUAUUUAAGAAGUGCCUAUUGAUACGGAUUGUUUUGUACAGGGUGUGUAAUUUUAAAAAUUUCAGGAAUGAUGACUUCAGUGUUUAAUGUUUCUCUCAAGUCAGGUCAUUUCAAGCUUUUUCCUAAAUACUGUGUAUUCCUGCUAGUGUUUUAUCCACCCACCCCCCUUUUUUUUUUUCUUUGCCAAUGACUCCUGUCCCUCUUUUCAGGGAUUUUUGUAAACAUUGUAUGGAGUUUAUGAAUUUCCUUUAUAUAUAUCUUAUAUUUUCCAUGAGUGACGGUUACAUACAAUGUUAAGGAUACGACUUGGUUCACACAUCCCAGACUGUUCAGCUCACACAGUGACCAACAUUCACCUAAAGAUUGAACACCAAGUAGAAUAGGAAAAUUUUCAACGUCCACUCAUGGAUAGAAUAGAGUGCAUAAAAGUAAGCAAGGAAAACGGCAGAUGUCACCCUGUAAUACUGUAAAUAGGUUGACAGUUCAGUGUUGUGCAACGCUGCGCUGUGACCUGAUGUAGAACUUAAUUAUUGGAGUUCAGAGCAGCUUUAUAAUCACAAUAGAACAUUUUACUUGCCAUGAAAGUUCUGCCUGUGACACGAUUAAUAAACGAACACACCUCGUGGUUUAGUUUACUUUAUAAGAGAUGGAAAGGAUUAAAUCAGGCAAAACAUCCAUUUAGUGAGUUUGAGUGAAUCAUUGUCUUGUAUGGUCCCUCUUCAUUCGCUGUUUAAGUGGAAUGGGUUUACUGUAUUUGUUUGGCCAUGUAUAUUAUUACUUGCAUUAAAAAUGCCCACAAGAAUGAUUUGUUGUAAAAGCACAGACUGGGAAUGAGAGUCAUAUUUAGUUUGCCUGUUUCCCCCCCCUGCCCACUAUUGACUGUGCCAAAUGAGCCUGAUUGACUGUUGAUAUAUGCCUUUUACUUACAUGCCAUAAAAUAAAUUUACAAAGCUA